AUGAUGCUUUCUCAGGGGGAGCACUCUGCGAGCAGCGGCUCGGCCGGCGCGCAAGGUCGUUUCAAGCGGCAGCGCGAGGCGGAGGCGAAGCGUCGGGAGCAGCGUGUUGAGGAUGUGCUGGCCCACACUACCCACAUCGUCGACACGAUCGCCUCUAUCAACGGCAAGUAUGUGCUCAGCCUCAAUGGCGAGCGGGCACGACUCGCGCACCAGGUGACGGAACUGCAGAGACGAAUGACGAAGCACCAGGUGCAGCAUGCCGAGGACACCACUCAACGCGUGCUGAGUGACCUCGAACGUCUUCGCGGCGCGGUGACGAGCAGCGUGAAGGAUCAACUCAUCAAAUCGCUGCUGGACGACGCAGAAAAGGGCCGCGGUGAUGCCUUCGACGCCGUGUGGGCGCACGUGGACGAGGCCCUUCACGGGUCCCUUGCCGUGGCCGAGGCCGAGCUGUCGGCCGAGCGGCAACUGAAUCACACGCUUGUGCAGCAGCUACAGAGCUACACACAAACUAUCUUAAGGGAGGUGAAUGGCGCCACGUCGCGCGCAUUUAAGGCCGAGGUGGAGGUGAUGCAACGCGACGUGCUCGUGGCAAGGCUGCGAGCAGCCUGCACUUUUGCCGAGAACCGACUGGUUCGCCAUGAGCAGGAGGUGGAUGCCCUCAUGCGGGUGGUGGCGCAGCUCGCCGAGAAGAGCCGCUACGCCGAGUCGGCUCGGGCAGAUGGGCGCCGAGCAAAGUACCACGUCCGGCUGCUGGAGCAGCACCUCGGACUGAACGAGAUUGUGGCCGCCGUGCGGGGCGAGGUAGCCCGUGCGUCUUCUGACGUAUAUGCGGAGAUGCAGCGAGGCAGUGCACUGCCUGCACCGCCGGAUCUGUCACUGCGAUCUAGUGCGCCGCACUACUACGCUCUCAAGAUGCUGGAGCACAAGGAGAUGACGCUGACGGACCUCGUGGACUCGUGGCAGCAGCAAGAGGCGCGAAUUAUAGAGGCAGAGCAGCGCUAUACGUGCCUCGAAGGCGUUGUGAAGCGUGUGCAACAUGAUGCCCUCGUCGUUCACCAACGCUACCUGGAGGAGAAGCAGCGUCGCGAGAUUGCCGACAGACGGAUUACGGACAUGGUGCGGGAGCGACUCCACUCGCAGAAAGACCAAGCCAUCUCACAGGAGGUGCAGCGGCUGCGCUGGGCAUAUACGGAGGUGGUGGACGACGCCGCACAGCUGGCCGUGAACUUAAAGGUGUGCCGUGAUGAGCUUCGACGCGCACAGGAGGAAACGGCUGGUUUGUCUGCCCAAGUCCGGCAGCUGCAGAGGGAUGCCGAGAUGGACCAGGUGGCGCUAACGAUCCAAGAGCUGCGCAGCGAGUACACCGCGCGUGUGCGUGACCUCGAGGAGGCAUCGACGCGAGCCGAGAUGCAGCUAAGACUCGCGGAGAGCGUGUCGACGCAGUACGGGACCGCCGCCACCGAGGCUACGGCAGCACUGCAGCGGGUCGCGCAAGCCAACGCGGAGCUGAGUACUGCGACUCUGCAGGUGAUUCCUGAUGACCGCGACGCCGUUGCACGGUCAAAUGCAGCGUGGAGGGAGGAGGUGGAGCGGAUAGAGACGCAGUCGGAACGUGUUCUCGCGAUGAUUAGGCACAUGGAAGGGUUUGAAAGUGCGCAGGGUAACCUGUAUGAUGCUCAGGUGAAGGAGCUGAUGCGCCAAUGGACGCUGGCGCGGGAGGCGGAGAAGGCAGCGAUGACUUCCUCCGCUGCUGCUGAAGGCCUGCGCCGCGGGGGAGGACUGAUGGCCAUCAGCCGCGAAGCGGUCGACGACGGCACCGAGUCGCGCACACUUGUCUCCUCGUCCAUCGCAGGUGAGGAGUCCAUGGAUAAGGUGAAUGCCGUGCUGGGAGCCUCUCAGUUUGCGCUGCGUGAGGCGCUUGUGCUGCUGAAUACGUCCCUGCAGAGCACGGACGUGGAGAGGUCGCGCCUUGUGGAUACGUCCCUUUCGGAUGCGCAGUGUGUCUCAGAGUUGAUGGCAGAGGUGCGGCGUGUCACAGCAGAGCGUGACAGGUUGCGUGCACAGGUGAAGGUGUGCCAGGAGUUGCUCGAGAAGAACCACGUGACGGUGGUGGAGCGGGCGCUGAUGCAUGACGUCCCAGUGGAGGACUCUCUCAACGUGGCCGAGGCCACGGAGCGCAUCGAGGUGCUGAAGAAUCAGCUGGCGGCGGCAAAGCAGGUGUGCGAGCGCUCGUUGAACGAGGUGAAGCAGGUCACAGCAGAGAAGGAUGACGUGGAGCUGCGUCUCGCACAGCUGAGGCGCGAGCACGAGGUGUUGCAGGGGCACUCGAGCCGUCUUAAGGACAAGUUGCACAGGAGCCUGGCGAGGGAGUCUGAGCUGAUGGAGAAGAAUAUGGCGCUACAGACACAGCUCACAGACCUUGUCCAGCCGCCAGGCGUACCCGCACAGGAGGCAGAGGCGUCGUCCACUGCACUGCAGACCACCGCGACUCACCUCACGGACCUCUUCUCAUCUCUCCAGGAGUCGCUGGGUAGCCUCAACGCGGAGAUCAUGACCCUGCGCCGCAAGCAUGUCGAUGAGGCCUCGAUAGAUGCGGACGUUGUCAGCGGCGGCAAUAACGGCGCUGGGGCUGAAGACACCGAAGGCGCACUGUUCGUCGACUCUCUGAGCCGCUCCGGUAUGAUGAACAUCGUUCGUGUGCUGAAGGAUACGUUGCACAAGGCCGGUCUGCUGAAGGCGUCACUGAAGAGUUUCUCUGGGGCCCAGGCUAUCGGCCUGUGUGCUGCUGCUAAGGUGUCCGAAGGCGGUGCUGGAGGAAGCGGUGGCGCGGUGGCUGCAAGCGUCGUGCCGCAUCCAUCGCCUGAGACGCAGCAGCGGGCACUUGAGUACCGCUCUUCUCUGCUCGAAGCCAAGCUUGCCAGCAUGGCCGCAGAGCGGCUGGAGAUGCGAGAGCGCGUGCAAAAGGCGGAAAAGACGACGGCAGACAUGGAGGCGGCAAAUCAGCGGCUCCUCACCAUCUCCAAAAGCGUGAUGGAGAAGCAGAACAUGCUCAAGACAGAAAACGAGCAGCUUCGGGCGCAGCUGCUACAGCUAACUGCUGCCACCAAUGCUGCAUCGGCACCGCGGCCAGAGCCUCAUGCGGCGCCCCCUGUCUCAGAUACACAGUCGGUUGAGGCCUCAGUCUCAUCCCAGCACGUCCUGUCGAGUGCGACCGCUGCUCCCACGUCGUCGGCAUCAGCGGCCACGCAACCGUCAGCACAGUUUGUUGGUGAUGACUUGCCUGCUGCGAAUGCGUGGGUGACCGACUCUGCGGUGCCGAGCGCGCAGGAGCAGGAGGAGGAGAAGGCCGAGGGGGCGCUGGAGAGUGUGGCUGGCAACAUGGCCGUCGCACCCCCAUCGGCGCCAAUGGACGAGGAGCCCGUCCCGGAGACGGGGGCGUCGGCGGGCUCUGAAACAUGA